AUGAGUGAUACAUACAAGCCAACUGAGCACAAAGGUCUCAAGGAGGAUGGUACCCCAGACAAGAGAGUUGGAACCGGAGAGUUCGCCUACGGCCAGGUUGAUCCAGUUACCGGAGCCAAGACUGGACAAAGCGAAGAAACCAGUGAAACCACCUCCGGUAGUGGCAGUGGUAGUAGUAAAGGCGAAUUCGCACACGGAAAGGUUGACCCAGUCGAGGCUGGCAAGAAGGGAGGACAAGCUUCUUAG